CGUGGCGUGUGCGUGCCGGCGAUCGAGAGCUCUGCGCUCUUCUAUUGAGCGGGCCUGGGGGGGGGAGAGCGGAAGUGCGGCUCGACUCCGACUAGUUUUCCCUCGCCGCUUCCGGAGCCAUGGCGGUCAACGCGACCACCAACCCGUCCCAGCUGCUGCCGCUCGAACUGGUUGACAAGUGCAUAGGCUCCCGCAUCCACAUCGUGAUGAAGAGCGACAAGGAGAUCGUGGGCACGCUGCUGGGCUUCGACGACUUCGUCAACAUGGUGCUAGAAGAUGUCACUGAGUUUGAGAUCACCCCUGAAGGAAGGAGGAUCACCAAGCUUGAUCAGAUCUUGCUGAAUGGAAAUAACAUAACAAUGCUGGUUCCUGGAGGAGAAGGACCUGAAGUAUGAUGUUUGAAGGGAUCUUUUUGUCAUAUGUGGAUCUUCUUUUGUCAAGUGGAGAGGUUUUUUUGUUUGUUUUGUUUUUUUUACUUUUAAUGUUGAUAUUUGAUAGUUAAAUUUCCUGUUAAAGGGAAAAUUCUUCAAGGAUGGAUUGUAAAUUAUAUUUUUUGUAAUUUGGAAUCAUGAAUUUCUGCUAAAAGAAAUCAGUUUGAUGUUCCAAGCCUAAAAUAAAGUCCUUUUUUUCAUUACCUUUGGUUUUAUUUAUGACACUACUGGUUUCAAAGGCAGGGGGAGAUAACAGCAUUUUGUCUCUGUGGUAGACUUGGAAGAAUUGACUCCACAUCAUAAUGAAAAUCCGGGAAAAUAAGAGAUCUUAAGAAACCUGAGGUUCAUGGAAUCUAUGGAAGAUUUCAGGAG